AUUAUUUAGUAUCGUACUAUCAUCCUACCCGUUCACCAUGCAUUUUAUUUUGCGACAAGUUUCGGAUAAUUUCGACUGUAAUGUCUACCAAACAUUAAUUAAAAAUUACUCGACUUUAUUCAGUCACGAUGACAGUCACAAAGAUAUCACAAUCACUUUUACGAAUAGCGAUAAAAAGUUAAAAGCACACAAAUGCAUCCUAAAAGCGGCAUCACCCAUUUUAGCUGCCAAAUUGUCCAAAGACACGAAAAUUCUGCAGAUUUCCGAUGUAAAAGCGGACAUUUUUGAAAUUAUGUUGAGUGGGAUUUACUUGAACCACAUCACAUCGAAGGGCAUCGACAUCUUCCAAGCAUACGACUUGUACGAAGCUUCUGUCAGAUAUCAAAUUGACGACAUUUCUGCUGUAGCUUCGGAUAUCAUGAAACGUCGAAGUGUCGCUCUGAAUUGUCAAUUUUUGAUGCAAGCAGCGAUCAAAUACAAGAUCCGUGAUUUGGAAGAAACCGUCAAAGAGACCUUUGCAAGUGCGGCGUAUAUGGCGUUGUCUUUCUAUGUUUCGUACAAAGUCGAUGAUGAGGCAUUUCAUCGGUUAUUUGCACUGGAUGAGCUUAAAAUUCAGUCAGAGUUUGAGUUGUAUCUCGCUGUUGAGACAAUGUACGAUAUUCGGGAUGAACGAAUCUACCCAAAGUGUCUCAGUCAAAUUCGAUUUCUCUCGAUGGACAUUGCGGAUCUCAUGAAUUGCGAUUUGCUGAGUUCGGAAGAAAAAUUGGCAAUCGCCGAAAAUGCCGAUGCAAUACGAAAUAAACGCAGUACAAAAAUCCAAAUGCCGAAACGUUUGUCAGCUGAACCGAAACCGAGAAAUUUUCUUGUAGUUGAUCAGAAGGAACGAAAGAUAUUUUGGACAGCAAUCAUGUUAAAAUGUCGCAAUCAUAAAAAAUACUUGGAAAUGUUCUACAAAAACAUGGAAAUACCGGAAAAAGAAAGAGAAGCGACUGAAAAAUUGAUAAUUAGUGGUCGUACUCCAAAAUUUGCCAAUAAAGAACGUAUCGAGGAGAUUGCAAAAAAUAUUUUUAAGUUUUGAAGUGCAUUUUAUGUAAUUGUUUUGUGAUAUAUUUUAAUGUUUAUGUUGAUUAUUUUAAUUUUUUGUCCUCAAACCUCAAAAUUCUACAUUCUUCAUGUCAAAAAAGUUUUAAAAAAAUAAACAUUGUGUUCAAAAUAUCGAUCAAGACAA